CGAGCGACUACUGUAACAUAAGUUUUGUAUCUAUGCAACUUUUAAGAUUAACGCUGCCUUUACUCACUGGCAAAUUACAAAACUCUUUUAGAUACAAAAAAAAAAAACCAGUCUUUUUAUGAACUCCGGAUAGACCUCGUAUAAAAUAGUACCUGCCAAAAAAUUAUGAUCCUGAAUCUCAAAAAUAUACUUCUUAAAUUAUGGCAAAUUGGAAUGAGCUUCCACUGGAGGUAUUGAUCAAAAUCUUUGAACUUACAGUAGACUCUUGGUGGGUGCGCUGGGAAAGGUCGAAAGAAUACCUACUUAUUUCGAGACGUUGGUCAAUCGCUAGCCGAGUCGCUGUCUUCAAAAACGUGAGGUUAAGAAUGGACCAUUUCGACGCAUUUGCUGACAGCAUGAUUAGUUCCAACAAUGGCCAAUUUGUCAAACAUUUGUUAUGGAAUAACAUACCAGAUCCAGAUAUACUAGAAGCCAACUUAGAUCGACUCCUAGAAGCAUGUCCAAAUGUUACCAAUUUAGGAAUAGGAAUGGCGGAAGCUGUAAACGAGUCGUUUUUCACCAAGCUGUUAUUAGUGCAUUGUACGAGUAAAAAUGGAUUUAGACUGAAGCAUAUUCCUAGACACUUUGACGAAACUGACAAUGGCGUUCGAACAUACAAAAAAUUGGCUUAUGCAUUAAGAAAAACGUUGAAACAUGUUCAGGUGUACGAUUGGCCCAGGGCUUUGGGUGAAGGUUUUAUGGAUGAGACAGCAAAUAGUUUAGUUGAAUUUGAAAAUCUCAAACGCAUUAGCUUCCAUUUUAAAGAUCAUGACAAUAUCUACCAAGUUGGUUUAAAAAUACGAAAUUGCCCGACAAUCAAACAUGUAAUGAUCUUCCCAAGCCAAGUGACUUGUAAUAUGCAAGCGAGAACUACCAUGCCGAUCGAACCUUCCACCAUACACCCUCUUCCGAACAUCGAUAAUUUAUGUAUAUUCAAUGCAAAAGUAGCUAUUGGUAGUGGAUUUUUGGAAUUUGUUAUGCGCUCAUUCCCCAAAUUACGCUAUUUAGCCAUAGCUGAAGGUGAGCCACAGCCUGAUGGUGAGAUGACUAUACCUGUUGUUGCUAUACCUUAUUUACAACAAAGAGGUCAACGGGUCUCUGUUGAACUUUGGAUUCAGUUCUUUAACUACCUCAAUACACUGGAGGCGUGUAGUGUAUCCACCAUGUUUAUUAAGGAUUAUUUGAAUGUCUUUGCUCAUUUUCCCACUUUCUGUGACAGUCUCGAAAUCAUACAUGGUCGUGACCAAGUGUCGGGAAUCGCGCCUUACAUCAGCGUUUAUAAUAAUUCUGAUGAGUCAUACUACAUUAAAGACAGACACAUAGAUUACAGCACCUCACGCCGUACUUUAGUCUAUCUUCCACCCGAUGUGAAUAGAACCAGUGUAAAUUUCAAAGCGCUUGUUGGGAUAUUUGAAAACACUUUGAAGGCAUUGCGUAUUGGAAUGGAUACUUUUACUAGAGAUGGGCAACAACAAGAGAUGCUAUGUUAUGCUUUGGAACACUGUCCCGUCUUGAAUACAUUGUGGAUAUCAAAAGGCAUGUUUUCUCAUUUCGGUUCCAACACUUUUAUGAAGAACGAAUCUCUAGAGUAUCUACGCUUUACAAAUUGCGUAUUUCGAAAUGACUUUCUCUGCGAACUUUCUGGUCGAUUGCGUAACAAAAUCGAAAUUCUGGUUUUUAUUGAUUGCAUUCUGGACCAAGAUUGGGAUGAAUCGUUUGUGACAAUUGAUAUGCCUUACACAAUGCUUGGCUAUCUGGUUUGGAAAAACCAUUAUAUUGAUAGGGAUGAGAAAAUAGUGUUCCUCAAGAUCACCAAAAAUCAUGGUAUGUGCUCCUAUUAUAAAGUGUCUCCUGGACCCGAGAUGACUGUAUCUUCGUCUGUGGAUUUUUAUGCAGCUAAAGACAAUGAUACGAUCUUCAACAUGCACAUCCGGUGCUUCGAUAUUAAGGCAUUAAUGAUGAACAAGAUGAAUAGUAAUUUUAUACUUGAUUUUACAGAUCCAGUCAAGGUCGGUCCUAUAGGCGUUUAUUCAGACCAACACACCGAGAUAUUUAAUGAGCUAUAACUUAUGAUUGCCCUUUGGUAAUAAAACUAGAAUUUAAAAUAUAAACCAACCCGGUCUGUUAAUAAAUAUGACUUUUGUUGGUUGAUGUACCUUUUAAGAUCGAUGCUUCCUUUCCCAGAACUCAUUUACAUAAAAAGGAACAGUCCUAAUUAUGAACUCCGGGUUAAAAU